AUGACUUCUGGUAGAAAGCGUAAACGCUCACAAUCAUCUGUGAAGAUCGCGAAUGCCAGCCCCAACAGUGCAUCACUUCCUCCCCAAAACAACAAUGGGUUUGGCGUAGCUGAGACUCUUUCGAUGCUCCGCAACGACCAUAGCAAUCCAUCCCAGAAACCUGAAGUGGCACCAAUGAAGAAGCGAAAGAGGGCAGGAAACGAGAAAACCAAGUACCCAACACUGACCUAUGUGGAAGGUCGAUUGCAAUCCUCCAUCAGAAUAGCAGAUUUACAGGGGCUGCUACUUUAUUGCUUCGGUGAUGGCAUUGCACCGCAAUGGAUCUCAAUGAAGCACUCUGGCCAUGUCAGGAAAGUGGUAGUGCUAAUGGUCCCUGGUCUGGAGAUUGGCAUGUUUGAUGGUACUGUUCCGUUAAUGGCUGACAAUCCUCAUGCUUCUGUAUCGGAUAAGAAGGAUUGCAGCAAUUCUGUGGCGCAGAACACUGAAGAUACGUGGAACGAAGUCCGGGCCAGCGAGAAAAGCACAAGUGAAUUUGAUCGGUGGAAAGCAGGUCUUCCCCAGGUGCCGAGCGAAGCACAAUUCAACCCAAGACCACUUUCGGUGGACCAGCUACCCGACGCUCUUAAACCGUUAGCUGAUAUUUUCCCACAUAUCUGGCCUGUCAAAACACCGGGAGACUCAAAAUAUAAUAAAGUGCACUCCCCACUGCAAGCUAUUUUAUUGUCUGCUCUGCCGAAAUCAAAAGAGACAAGUGAACUUAAGGGCCCGAAGCCUCCCCGUGGCAUAGACAACUGGCCAGCGAAACGGACGCCGAUUACUACUUUCAUUAGUUCCAUAAAUGAUUUGAGAGAUAAUGAAUACGUGUUACAUCCCGCGUUAUUCGAUAAACCAGAAGACGCUUCUGCUAAUGCGAAUCUACGAGUCUCGUUGAGGCAGGGCCCCAAUGAUGGCUGGGUGGACACCAAAGUUGACAGGUACUCAGAUGGAACAGUACUCGAGAAUGAUAUUCAAUUAGGUAGCAUAACAGCGGGGCGAGAAAUCCUUUCCCUAGACUGUGAAAUGUGUAUCACUGAAGGAGGGUCUUCGCAACUCACGCGCGUUAGUCUCGUCUCCUGGGAUGGGGAAGUGGUGCUGGAUGAUUUGGUCAAACCGGAUGAACCUAUCAUCGAUUACCUGACACGCUUUUCCGGGAUAACGAAAGAAAUGUUGGAACCUGUGACUACCCGUUUGCCAGACGUCCAGCAGAAGUUGCUAACUUUAUUCACCCCUCGUACUAUUUUAAUUGGCCACUCUCUCAAUUCCGAUCUAUCAGCCCUCAAAUUGACUCAUCCGUUUAUCGUUGACACCUCAAUCAUCUAUCCCCACCCUCGCGGACCCCCCUUGAAAUCAAGCUUAAAAUGGCUAUCACAGAAAUAUCUCGGGAAAGAAAUCCAAAAGGGUCAAGACGGACAUGACUCCAUUGAAGACGCGCGAGCUGUACUUGAACUUGUCAAGCAAAAGUGCGAAAAAGGCGAACGAUGGGGAACAUGUGAUGCUUCUAAUGAAACUAUAUUCCGCCGACUUGCCCGCGCCACUGUCCCGGGGAAAACCGCUAGCGGUGCGACAAAAGAGGGUCGAACAGGGGCUGUUGCUGACUGGGGCAACCCAGAACGGGGAUUCGGCUCUCAAGCAACAGUUGCCUUGGGCUGCAAAAACGAUGAUGAAGUGGUUCAGGCCGUGAAACGCGCCGUAAAUGGUGAUGAAGACGGCCGUUUAGUACCUGGCGGUGGUGUAGACUUUACCUGGGCGCGCCUACGUGAACUCGAAGUCUUCCGCGGCUGGUGCAACCGUAUCCCUGAUCCGACAAAGGCAAACGAGUUUGCGGCAAUCCCAGCCCCAGAUCCAUUCGACCCAUCGAAUAGAGAAGCUUUGGCUGAAGCUGACGAUUCAAAAUCCAAGUGCCUCGCCUCAACCGUGGCGAAAACGGUCUCAUGUAUCCAGCAAAUUUUUGAUUCAUUACCGCCAUGCACCUUGUUCAUGGUGUACUCUGGUACAGGCGACCCGCGGGAAGUUUCCCGUCUUCAGGAGCUCCAUAAGACCUACAUGCAGGAGUUUCGAAGCCGGAAGCCGUGGCAUGAACUCAGUGUGAAAUGGACAGAUUCCGAAGAGCAAGCGCUGAAGAGGGCUUGCCAGGUGGCGAGGGAGGGAUGUGGAUUCAUGACUGUAAAGUAG